AUGCUUUCAGAGGCUAUUCACUCGCUCGUGGACACCGGCAAUCAGGCUAUCCUUAUCUUGGGUCUGAAGCAAGCGUCAGGUGUACCGGACAAGAAACAUCAGUACGGAUACGUACUCGCUGCGUACUUUUGGUCGCUCAUCUCUGCAUUGGGCAUUUUCUGGUUAGGCUCAGGUGUGACUGUUGUUCACGGGAUCUACAUCGACGGAUGGGUCAGUACAGAAACUACUGGCCACCAAACCCAAAAACAUGUCGUUUUAUCAGCACGUGAAGCGGACGAAAGACCCGUUUAUGAUGGCUGUCUGCUCGAGGAUCUCUCGGCCUGUGUGGGUGUUAUUAUUGCUGGAUGCGGCAUCGGGGACAGCCAGAUUACCGGCAACACGCUGUGGGAUAGCCUCGCAAGUGUUUCUAUUGGUGUGCUUCUUGGUGGUGUUGCAGUAUCACUAAUCUGCCUGAACCAAAAGUAUUUAUUGGGUCAGUCAGUGGAGCCAGAAAUUGAGAAUGGUAUCCGUGAGUCGUUGCUGGCACGUCCGUCCAUUGACAACGUGUAUGCUGUCCAGUCACAGUGGGUUGGACUAUCGACAUUUAGCUUUAAGGCUGAAGUGGACUUUGAUGGAACGUACUUGGCAGCGAGACUAUUACGAAUGUACAAGCCGGUAUUUUUGGAAUCAAAGGAUUUGGAAAAUGAUCUAUCACUCAUUCUAUCCUGGCGACAGCAGCUUCUGUCCGCUGGGAAGCGGCGAGUGCGUCGACAUGGACGAGCCCAAGAGCAACACUUUCGCUGCAAGAAACGACAUCAUGUCCACCUCCUUCGGCAAAGAGCACAGCAAAUGCUGCUGAAAAGCAGGAGGCGGCGUCAGCACUUCAGCGUCUGUGGUGUCGUCAUCGGUGCUCAUCGAACUGGUCGGGCAAUGGCUGACAGUGACUGGGAACUGCGUCUGCUGUAG